GCAGGUCCAGCUUUUCGGACCCGUCUGGUUCCGCCCGGAGGAGAAGCCAAGAAGCGGCUCCGAUGUUCUCCGAGUGACCGCGGCGGUUCCCGUAGGACAGCAGAAGUUUUCAGAGCAGGUGGACAAUAAAGUUCUGGACAGAAACAUGGAGGAGGGCAGAGAGGUGAAAGGAGGCGGAGCUUCAGCUGCUGCUCUGCUGCAGGUUUCAGCAACAUGGAGGACAAGCCUGGACCGGCGGGGGCACGUCGAGAAACACGCUGCAGACGCUCUGGCCCUGACUCUGGCUCUGGCUCUGGUCCUGGUUCUGGUUCUGGCUCUGGUCCUGGCUCUGGUCCUUGCUCUGGCUCUGGUCCUGGCUCUGGCUCUGGCUCUGGUUCUGGUCCUGGUUCUGGCUCUGGUCCAGGUCCUGGUUCUGGCUCUGGUCCUGGUCCUGGCUCUGGCUCUGGUCCUGGUCCUGGCUCUGGCUCUGGUCCUGGAUAAUACGUACUUGUGUUUGAUUUGUUUCCAGGGGGUGUAUGCAGUUGGAAAUUUCCAGUCAAGUGAGGAGCCCAACAGCAGUCAUCCUGUCCUUUUGCACCACCCUUCUUGCACAUUGCCACAUGUAAGUCAGGAGGCUGUUCUCCAUCACCUUCAGAUGAAAGCUAGUAUGUCUAGUGAGGCUGGUAUCCCCGCCUCCCACUCUGAAAGCCUGCUUCACCGAGGCCUUCAGCAGCAGAGACCUGAAGACAGCCUAAAGUGCUCCAAUGCUAAUGUGGAAGUGAUGUCGCCCUGCAGCCCCCAGAGCAAAGAUGCCAUGAUGAGUUUUAGCCAUACACUCCCUCGGGUUCACACCCCUCAGGCCAUAGCAGCAUAUGAAGAAGCCGCAAGACGCCAUGCUGCCACUCUCCACCAUGCGUCCAUGGACUCCAGUCGCUCAAAGCAGCUUCUGUCUCAAUGGAAAAGCAAGAACAACAACCAUAAAUGCUCCAUAAUGUCCCCAGAUCCCUUUUCCUCCUCUGUCGACUCAUCUUCUGGCCACAUUCCACAUCAUGGCAGCAUCGAGCUACGAUCUAGCUCUGAACCAUCCACUGUGGGCAUAAAUGGGGGCCUUGAUGCCAGCACAUACAUGUCCAAGCUACCCACUGGUGCUAGUACCACACUACCGAGUAACUGCAGUGGAAUCACUGGAGGUGCCAGGAUAUCAAUGCAAUCUAGACCUGGGUCUUCACAGCUAGUUCACAUACCAGAGGAAGCACAUGAAAAUUACAACACCACUUCCCAAAGGACAGGAGCAAGUGACAUAACAGUCAACAGUACAGUUCAAGCUAACUGGCAAAGAGCAGCUGAGAAGACUGGAAACAUGCAGAGCACCCAGCCACGAAUCAUGCAAGUGAUUUCUAUGUCCAAGCAGCAGGGUCUACUUCAAACCCAUUCCAAAAGCUUAGAUGAAAGCAGCAUGGGUUUUAAUGAUAAUGGAAGUUGCCACGGUAGUACGCGAUACAGGGCACUCACCGAUCAAGACCCUAUCAGCACCACAGGGCCCAGCUCACUGGGCAGCACCACUGGUAGCAUUUCAGGAAGCACUGGAGCAAUUGUCAGAGUAGAGGCCCACCCAGAAAAUAACAAACCAGUUAUUCAAGCUCCGUCUACAGAUGGAAGUGGAUCUUGGAGGUGGCGAUCGCUGGAUCAUGGCAACAGUGUUGGUGGAAGUACAGGGACUAGCUGUGUUGGCAGUGGGUCAGGUCCUGGGAGCCUCAGGCAGACUGUUGAACACAAUGAUCAAAGCGUCGACUCGGAGAGUUCAGACUCAGCUCGUGAAGGGUCCGUUGACCGGAAGCAUGGCAAACAUAUUAUUAUCACCACCUCAACUGUUGGAACCCCAUGCAUAGUUACUGUUCACACCCAGAACACUGGCCAGUCAGAGCAGAGGCUCCAUCCUCAGGGCCUUUCCACCAUAAGGGUCACUCCAGGAGAUGGAUGUUGUCCUGGGGCUGGAGGAGGUGGUAACUUAGGGGGAGAGGCAGCUUCCGAAAUUCCCUCAGUUGCUUCCAGUCGUGAGUCAACGCUGCGAAGAAAAAGCAAUAAUAUCAUUAUGAUCCCAGAGAGAGCCAACAGUCCUGAUAAUGCUAGGAAUGUUUUCUACAAGGGAACCUCAGUUACUCCUACUUUCAAGGAAUAAAACACGAUGUGACCAGACUGCCAUUUGAAGAAAGCAAACAGAACAUGUGUAUUUUCAAAGAUAUCAAUUCUAAAGAAGUUUAUAUAUAGCAUGGUUCUUGUAUAUGUUUACACUGAAGCACAACAGUUUGUGAGUUGUUAAAAUAAUCACUGUGUAUUUCUUUGUGGUCACUCCUAUGGGAAUCCUUUUUAUAGAGUCAUACGUUUUGGACUAAAAAAAAACCCCAACAAAAAACAAUGUGCCAGUCACAUUAAGACAAAAUUGUUGUUUCAUAGCCGUGAAACCAAUGUUUACUUCCCUACAUUGUAAAUACUGUGUAUACUUGAAAGUGGUGCUACACCAGCCAAAACUAUUUACUUUGUAUAAAGCAUUCUGUAUUCUCCAAAUACACCAAUAAUUAUUUUACAAAGAAUCGCAACUAUGGCAAGAAGGAUUUUGUAAUUCUUCUGUCCUGUACAGGUUGCCCAUCUUUAACAGAAUACUGUUGGAACCAUAAGUGAGCUUAGCAUUUAUCAUGUAGCUACAAAGACAAAUUAGAUGUAACUUGCACUAAAGUAAGCGUUUACUGUACGCUGCAUCAUACUGUUUUAUACAUCUAUCUACAUAUACUACUCACGAAGUGUUAGGGAUAUUUUGCUUUUGGUCAAACUUGUGGAAAAGACAAAAAUUUUACACAAUGAUAUCAUAGCAUGGAAGUAAGGAAGUUUAGAACAGUGAUUUCCCUACCUCACACAGUGUAUUAAAAAAAAAAGCCAAGAGUGGUGGGUAUGCAACAAUAAUUAAUGUCGAUGUCUCUAUAAUGUGUCAUGUGACUUGAGCAUUGAUUACAACUUGACAACAAUGUCUCUGACUGUUCACAAGUCAACUUAUAGUCUGUUGUGGCAUGACGUUCCUCUCUUGUUGAAGAGCGACCCUUGAGUUUCUGGAAUAUGGAGUUACAAGUCUCUGUACAGCGACUCAGCCGACCCCACAGGUUCUCCAUGAGAUUCAGUUCUGGUGAAAAUGUUGGCCACUCCAGUUAUGGUACCCUGGUGUUCAGCAGUUGUUCCUCAAGAAUGCAGCCUCGAUGACCUGGAGCAUUGUCAUCCCUUUGUUUUUUUUAUCAUUAAUCCAUGACUAGAUUAAAGAUGUUGUUUAAGUUGUAUCAUUUCUGUUAAACGUGAAUAAACUUACAUCAGAGAAACAUUCCCUGGCCCAUACAAGGCCUGGCCCCUCAGCCUGUUGGUGUGAUCAGUUAUCGUUGCAGGUUGUCCCAUACACGGACCACACUGAUAUUAAUGAUUCCUAAUGAUAUGAUGUGGCAUGUGGGAGCCUCUCACCUCUCUUAAAUGUACCAGGAGUUGAAUGGCAUUCAUCAUCCGGUUGUGCUGGGCAUUGUUCACUUCAUAGCAGACGUGGCCAAACAACGUCCACUUUUACACCUUUCUGUGACUCUGUGACUUCCUGUCUUUCUAUAUAUACACGUUGUAACCUGCUGAUGAUGCUGUGACUCUGUAAGCUCAGUGGCCACUUCCAUCUGAGAACAUCCUGUUUGAAGCUUCACAAUGGAAAUUGUGUUGGUCAAUUGUUAGCUGUUGCUCUGGUCUCAUGAUGUCAAAAUGUCUACAGCAUGUUGAGGAGAACUAUUUUAGUACAAGAAAAAACCAACAAAAAACAGUUGAGGUAGGAAAUGUAUUGGUUGAUUCAGGGAUCAAACACCUGUUGUGAAUUUAGCCAUUAGAGAACAGUAGGUUGUGCAAAAUGUAUUGAAACAUUGAACAGUUGGAUAUGUGUAUUCAAAGAUUUAGCGAAAGUCAUAUUAAUUUCACCCUAACCCUUACCCUAACUUCAUCUGAAAGCAUAGUAUCCCUAACUUUUUGUGAGUACAUUUGUACAUGAAUGGCAAUCAAUUUUUAGAGCACAUACAGCAGCAAAGCAGCACACUACUUCACCAGUUUUACAACUUCUAAAUCUGUUGAAAGGUUGACAAAACGUCAGAAAUUUUCUGACUCCACUUUGUAUGUUUUGGGGUUUUUUUGGAAAGUAUUUGAAGUAUUCCAGUGAAAUCCAUUUUGUGUGCAUGAAUUACCUGAGUCAGUAAGAGUGGAUAAAAAAGAAGACCUACUUCAGUCAGUGUAAAUACAAAAAGCAUUAUCGGAUGAAUAUCUUUUUAAAGGACCAAAAGCUUUGCAAACCAACGCAGCAAUAUGUGAAAAAGGAAUUCUGCUCUUUCUUAAAUCAUACAGUUGUUAUGAUUCACCAUGUUUUAUGUUUGUUUCUCCAGUCCAGCGACUGCUGGACCUGCACAGCCUUCCAUUAGACCUCAGAAAGAGAUUAGGCAGCCAUCAGCUUGUGUCGGGUUAUGCAUCAGGCAACACCACCUUUUAAUACAACAUGACGGCUUUGGAGUGGCCUAGAUAAAGUAUGAAAGUACUGAAAAUCCUCCAGCGGUUGAAUUAGAAUAAUUCUGUGAAGGAAAGUUACAAGCAGCUAUAAUGUUUAGGAGCAUCUAUGGCUUCACAUAGGACAAACUUGGAUUUCAUAGCUUGUUUUUCUUUAUAGGUAAAAUAAAUCCUUGUUUGAAAACUGCUUUUUUAUUCACUCAGGUUUGAUUUUCUAAUUCCAAAAACUGCAUAAUCAUCUAUCGCAACUAAUUAUGAGAAAGGCUCCCUUAAAUUUCUUAAAUCCCUAUUACUGAAGCUUCAGUACUUCAGUAUAGUGUUUUAGAAAGGGAUCUUUUUUGUUCACAAUAUCUAAAUGCUGUAUUCCUCUGUGUACAUCAAUGUAGCAAAAGCACAGAUUGUUUUAAACAACCUAAUGUUGCUUGUGUAGCAACGUUCAACAAAAGUUUCCUAAAAGAUUUAGACAUAAAGUGGCAAUUUCAAUUAAAAUGCAUUCUGUUGAUUUUUGUUAGUGUAUAGCUGUAUUGGGUUCUCUCUGUUUUCUUACUUGACAACCAGGAAUUUAAAUGAACUUUUUGGGGUGAAUGUGGAAUAUUACUGUCAAAAAGAAGUAAAACAGGUAACAGAAACUUUGAGCAUUGUUCAGAAAAAUCAGGUUUUGCUCCUUUAUAUGUUAGUGAGCCGAACACUGGCAUUGUUCAUCAUUCUUCAGGGUGAAACAGCUCUGAUGCCUUCAGGUUCUCUGUUUCUGAAUUUUUUUUAUGAGUUAAAAGGACAUGGUGGUUCUCUAACCCUUUAUCUUCACACUUUAGUGUUCAAUUUCCAGUAGAUUCUAUAAUCAUCCAGUUUUUUGUUAAUUUUUUCUUUUGCUUUUAACAAAAUGCAGCCUCACCUUUUAACUGAUCAUUUGUCUUAUUUUAAAUCACCAGUGCAGUUUUUCUAAAAUUUGUUUAAUUUUUCUUUUUUUUUUUCACAAACUCCAGCAGGUUUGUGCAGACUGACAUAGAGAAUGAUUGCUUCAAGAUAAUUGGACUUCAGCAGAGAUUCUUGAGUAUGCUAUGUAAGAAACGGGUUUGGAAGAGCAAAGAAAAAAAAAUCAGUCAAGCUGACCAAAUCAUUUUAGGGUUAAAGUGAACCCCCUUUAUUUGUGGAGGCUUAGGGACCAUCACUGCCUAAAAUCUGUGAAAACUUGAAACCCCCUCUAACAAAUCUUAGAACUGCCUACUUUAGAACACCAAAUAUACCUUGACAUGCAUAAAAUUUAUUGCACUCCUGGAUUGGCUGCUUUGCAGUUACCAGCCAGUGAUGUGUCAAGCAUCACUGUUGGUACGUUUUUUAAUUGUCCUUUAGAACUAAUAAAGUCAUGUAUCCAGCAGCGUAUAAAUUGUACCAUGGGCUGUCAGUCAGACUGGGGCAUGCUCUGAGUUGUUGACCUGCUCCAUCAUCAUCUUCUGUCUCAGCCUUACAUCUCUGGAAGACGUCUGUUAAUUUCCCAAUGAACAGUUUCUCAUUAUUGUCUGCCACCAAUUUUAAUUUUUGCAGAUUUUCAGUCACUUCCAAUGGAAACCGUCCAGAGUGAUCCACCAUGUUCCACAGUAGCAAAGCUUUUUCAGCAUGCCAGAGAUGACUCUGACGUUGACCCUUUCUGAUGACCUCAGGAUCUUAUAACACUUAUGCAAGUAUAUUCCAAAUCUCCAAUGUGUAUGUUGACAAAUUCUUAAUGAUUACCUUAAUUUUACUAUCAAUAAUUGUUUGAUAUGACAAUAAUUAAUUGAAGCUCAGUUAUUUUGGGGAAGAUGCAUAAAACACCACUUUUAAGUUUUAUAUUAUUGCUUUUCACAUUUACUUCAGUGAUAUUUAGAACAUUUUUGUUCUAAAUAUCAACUUGAGGAGAAUUCAAGUUCCUGAAUGUACAGUACUAAAACAAAGAAUCUCACAUUUGUUUCAGACUCUGUUAGUUCGGUGCUUUGAUUUUGUUUUGUGCCAAAAGGUACUUUGUGAAUUUUAUGACAAAAUUCAUGCUUAUUAUUAAAUGUUUAUGUAAUUUAAAAAAAAACAUACCCACAUACUUUUGGUAUUUUAGAAUUUGUUACAAAAAGAAACUGGGACAACUGUUUCUUGUCAUAUUGUGAUAUGGUAAGAUGUACCAAAGUCUGGUUUUUCUCACAUCAGAACAUUUGUGUAGCACAUUUUGUAACCCCAGAAACAUUAUAAGCAUGUUUUUUUUAUUAUAUAAAACAGUAGAAUUUAGUCAUACUAUAAUCAUAUAUCAUCAUGUUUUUUCUUUGUCUCUGUCUGACUGUCAUAAGACAAGCUUUGAAUCUAGGUACAGUACUCAGUAGAUUAUUGCUUUUACAGUUGUCACUGUACAUGAUGACUAUGAAAUGUGUACAUAUUCAAGAAAAUUGCAGGAAGUAGUCUUGAACGUCAAGACAAUUUCUCAGUAAGGAAAUCAUUAUUUACUAAGCAGUCCAAAAUAGUUUACAUAUGAAACUUCAUGUCAUAUUAUUACUUCAUUUAAUGGUAUGGCUGCUCUGUUAAAGUUCACCUCAGAAUCAUUUUACUUCUCAUUUUUGAAAAGUGCCAAGAGAAGUCACUCCGCCUGUCUGCAAUGUGAAACACACAAAACUGGCAGAAGUUCAGCUUUUAUAAAAAACUAAAUUAGAACAGCAUCUUUCAACUCUUUCUUUUCACUUUGUGUCACUUGUGAUUGUUCGGGUACAUAUAAUAUGUGAUGAAAAGGGGAAAAGGUUACAGAGUAGUAGAUAAGUAAACAAGGUCUUGUCUUAUGGCCACAAAGACCCACUUAUCCUGUUUGUUGCUCCCAGCACCAGCCUCAAUUGUAAUUCAUGGUGUGGCUUUUGAUAUUUACUGGAGUAGAUUUUAUGAUGUGAAAAAUCUAUAAAUGUGUUAUUCUUAAAAAGUAUAUUUCCUACAAACUUUGAUACUCUAGUCAUCUUGAAAAAAUUAUUUGGAUCCAAGCCUUAAUGUUCUAAACACUCCGUAUAGCAUGAUGUUUGAGUUCACUGAAAAAGCACACCUUGUUUUACAGUUAGAAGAAAAAAACAACAGAUCUGAUUUUCUGUACUUCCUAGAAGUCAGUGGAAUCCAAAAGUGUAGCGUGACACUGGUCCAGAUGCUGAAACUGUGAAUGGAGGAUCUUUGCAUGUGUAGACUAAUGUGCCGUCUCUGGAUGAACAAUAAAUGUUUUCUGAUUC